AUAGUGUUAAAAGUAAAAUUUGUAAGCAAAACAAAAGCUGUAAAUUUUGGUGGGUUUUGAAAAUUUUACAAGCAAAGUCUACAUUUUCUGGUUGUUUUUUGUAUGCAGUGACGCCAAGAAACUAUUUAAGAAAUGCCAAAGUUAGACAUCUUGAUCACAAGAAAUAUUCCAGGAGCUGCGUUAAAGCUUUUAAGAGAGAGGUUUAAAGUUGAUAUUUGGCCAUCAGAUGAGGUAAUACCUAGACCAACAUUACUCAGCAAAAUCAAGGACAAAGAUGGUGUUUUAUGUUUAUUAACUGACCAAAUAAAUAAAGAAGUACUUGACAAAGCAGGAGAGCGCCUCCGUGUGGUGAGUACAAUAUCUGUUGGGGUCGAUCACGUUGAUACGGUUGAAUGCACGAAGCGAGGAAUAAAAGUCGGAAACACGCCUGAUAUUUUAACUGCAGCUACAGCAGAACUAACUGUUGGGCUUUUGAUCAGCACAUCUAGAAGAAUUGUUGAAGGAACGCAUGCAGCAAGAAAUGGGGAUUGGGGUGCCUGGAAACUAAUGUGGAUGUGUGGGCCAACACUCGAUGGGGCUACCGUUGGUUUAUUUGGGCUGGGGAGGAUUGGAACAGCUGUUGUGCAAAGAUUAAAAGCUUUUGGAGUGAAAAAAUUUUUGUACAAUACUGCCAACAAAAAAAAUAACAACUUUGAAAAAAACCUCGGAGUCCAAUUUGCUUCAUUUCAUGAUCUAUUACAUGAAAGUGACUUCAUUAUAUCAUGUUGUGCUCUCAACAAAUCAACAGCUGGGAUUUUUAACAAAAACGCUUUCGAAAAAAUGAAAAAUUCUUCCAUAUUUAUUAAUAUUUCAAGGGGCGGAGUUGUGAAUCAAGAGGACUUGUACCAUGCGUUGUCACAUAACAUAAUCCGGGGUGCCGGUAUUGAUGUGACAACCCCUGAACCCCUACCUACAGACCAUCCACUGUUUUCCCUUAAAAACUGCGUGGUGACUCCACACAUCGGAAGUGCGACAGAAAAGACGAGAAUGGAAAUGACAAUGUUAGCUGUUCAGAAUCUUAUAUGUGGCCUUGAUGGAACAGAAAUGCCGGCAGAAUACAAACAGUAAAUCAACCCACACCAUGCACUUAUUUAAACUGUUGUUUAUAACGCACUCCGCACUAUUCAUUAAUUACUAUUACUGGUAUCAAAAAAGUCUUAAAGAAUAUUUAAUUUUAUCUUUAAAACAGUACUUUCCUUGUGAAAAAAAUAGGAAAAAAAAUUACUACUAGCAAAAAAAACUUUACUAGUAUUAAAAAAACAAUCUUGCAGAAAUGUAGAAUAUUGAAUUUUACUCUAAAACAGUACUUUGUCUGCGGCAAACAUAUUAUGCAAAAAAAUUGUAACCACUAUAAAAAAGUCUUGUAAAAUAAUUAUUUUAUUUCUAAAACGGUACUUUGGGAAAAGAGUAUAAGGCAGAAAAAUUUUUUUACCACUAUCAAAAAUACAAAAACUAUUUCA